UCGCCAUGGAAACCUCGUAGAGCCUGAGCGCUGCCAGCUUCCACGAGGGGUUCCUGGCUUCAGUCCCUCGCUGGUAAAUGUCCGGGCGGCGCGCGGAGGCCGCGGAGAUAAGUUCCGGGCUCGGUGUCGGGAGGAGCUUUCGGUUUCCAGGAACCUUCAGACUUGCUACGUGACAGCGUGCAGUUACAUAAUAGACAGCAAUGGAUUACCGCAAGGAGUUUUUGACUGUCACAUCAGAAGACGAUGCUGCAGAAAUUAUAGCUGUGUUUCAUGAUCUUUGGGCGCAGAAACUUGCGUUUCAGAUUAAAGAGAUCCUAAAUCAGUUACUCCCGACUCUGGCUGACCCAUACACCAAACUUGUGAAACUGCUGGAAAAAUGCAACAUAUCGCGGGGCAAGCCAAACUCUAUGGCUUUUUACAUUACUGACCUAUUCUCACAGUGGCUUAAAGAUCACCCAGUCCCCCGGCAGACCGGCAUCAGGCUACGGAAACUGCAAGUGCGCGUGUUUGCCCUAGUCGUAGAAGGAGCGCUCCUGGAACUGCUGUGCAAUAUAUUCAUCAUCCACAAUGCAGACAGGGAUUUCUUACUGGGUCACGUGACUCACCUUCACAGCCAGGGCAAGUACAAAGAGGCAGUGAUUCUGAGUACGAAGCUGAACCUUCAGCUUGACCUGGAUCUGGAAGAUAUGUGUGCUCCUGUGUUGCUCCUUGAGCAAUUCCAUCUUGCCGAGUGCUACGUGGCUCCCCACCCAGAGCUGCAAAGGAAGUUUCUUCAGAUGUUGGACCGUUGGAGUGACACCAAUUUCAACCCCAGAAUUGCAAGCAGGCAGUAUAAAAAUCUUCCACUGCCCAAGCCCGAUCGGCUGAGCAUGAAAACGCUUAGUAAAAUCGCCUUCCGCCUCUUGGAACAGUACAACCUUGAUCCAGCUCUCUGUGCAAACAUAAUCAACCAUCGGCACCUGGGCACUUUGAAAUUCCUCAUGAAUAAGAGAUUUGUGGAGAAAACCAUGACUCAUGAAAACUGGACAGACCACGUGGAGAGCACGGUGGGAGAUAACCGCUGGUUGCAAGAAAAGCUGAUUUCCCUACUCGUUCGUUACUGUGGAGCUCAAACUGCGGCCUUCUGGGCUCGUAAAUAUCAGCUUCCUGAAGAGUACCUUUCCGGAGAUGUUUCAGAAGCCCUGCAGAAUCUGGGCGUCCAAGAAAUGCCGACGACUGAUAACGAGGAUAGCGCUGACAAUACGCAGACCCAGGAAAGGGACUGUUACCAAAUUCCCAUUCCCAGGGACAAGAUUCACUGUCUGCAAAACACGGAGGAGCUGUCCCACUGCAGGGAGGUGCUUCUACAGGAUGGACAGGUCGUUGGGGUAGAUAUGGAGUGGAGACCCUCAUUUGGUGUACUAGGGAAGCCUCAAGUGUGUCUGGUACAGCUGGCGGUGAAAGACAAGGUUUUCCUGCUUGAUCUAUCGCCCAUGAAACUGACGGACCAUGACAAUGUGGAAGAUCGAAGGAGGCAGUUUAUUGACUUCAUCAAAGAGCUGUUUAUUUGUCCUAGAGUGACAAAGCUGGGUUACGAUAUGCUUGGAGAUCUCCUGUACCUGGAUUCCAAGGAUGCAAGCCAAGAGCUAAAAACCCAGAUGAAACAAACUGUGGACCUUUAUGUGAUACACAGGAAGAUCCGGCGUGCACGGUUUAGGGACGAAAGAAGACGGUUGCGAAAUGCCGAUCCUGAGAGCUCAAGUGAAGAUGAUGAAGAGUCUCCUCGAUCUUUGGAGAAAGGUCUAAGUCACCUUGUGAUGGACACAGUGGGCAAACCACUGGACAAGUCAGAACAAAUCUCAAACUGGGGAAAGCGCCCCCUUCGGGAGAGUCAGAUUGUUUAUGCAGCCAUUGAUGCCUAUUGUCUGCUGGAGGUGUUUGAAACUCUGUGCCGGUGCCCAAAGAAGUUUUUCCUUCCCCCCGAUUUCAAGGAAACCUCUACAAACUGUAAAAAAGGUUCAAAACGGAAUGCCAAACGUAUUGAACUGCCCAAACCUGAUGAAAGGGUACGGAAUUGGAAACCACCUCCCGCCAUUGAGCACCUAUCACCCUGUGAAUUCAGUGUUGUCUGCGAUAACAUGCUGCAUGGACUUGGAAAAUACCUACGCUGUUUGGGGAUAGAUUCCUUGAUCCUGGGUAACAAUGAUGGACACAGGAAAGCUGCUGAGAUCGCCAGGCGAGAUGGGCGAUACAUUCUGACAUGUGGCGAGCCUUAUUAUUCGCUGCGCUCACAAGUUGGUGAAAAUAAAUGUUUCCAAGUAGACUGUUCAGAGAAGGCCCGAGAACAGGCCAUUAAAGUCCUGAAGCAUUUCAACGUUCACAUCACGAUGGCAGACAUCUUUAGCCGAUGCCAGGUGUGCAACUGUAACAAGUACCUGCAUCUCACCAACGACCAGAUGCGGCAUUUGAUGACAAUCCACGGUUUGCUAAAGGACGUGCAGAAGGCCAUCGGUCCAUUAGACCCAGGACUACAUAGAGGAUCAACAGAAAAUGACAGUACCCAGUGGAUGACUGAUCUUGGCCUUUCGGCAAACUCCCUCAAACUACCUAGCGGGGCGUUUCUCCAACUCAAACGCGUCCCCGUCGGGCUCUUGGAGAGGAUCCAGCUGUUCUACUGCUGCAGUCAGUGUGGCAAGGUCUACUGGGAUGGGUCGCAUUUUGAUCAAGUUGCAUUGCAGUUCCGGGGGGUCCUUCAUAACUCGGGAGACUUCCACCAUUGGAAUGCCACCUCCAGUGUACCGUUCCACCAGGAAGUUUGAAUUUUCAUUUUAUUUUACAAAAAGUUUUUUUAAUUUCUCCCUCAAGACUUGCCAAAAAAAAUCUUUUUUUUUUUUUUUUUUUAUUGAAGAAAUGUGAUUUUGAUAGCAUGAUUAUGCUGUCCUUACAGGUGUCUGAACAGUCUAACACAUGCAGCCUGACUGCUCACAUCUCAUCAAGCAUGGAAAAAGACUGCAUUUCAUGCAUGUUAUAUUUUGUUUUCUUUUUCAAUUUACUACUGUAUUUUGGCCUUUUAAUCACUUUAUUUUUAAGCAUUUUUAUAAAAAUUGGGACGAAAUUAA